CUUGAAACUUAUUUAUAACAACUCUAAGUUAAGUUCAUAAUGAGUUUAUUAAGUUAUUUAGAAAUUCCUUCGAUUUUAAUCGAAGUAGAUCCCGGAAUCGAUGAUGCUUUGGCUUUAAUGGUGCUCUUCGCAGCUUGGAAGCUCAAUUUGAUAAACAUUUUAGCCAUAAUUUGUUCGAAUGGAAACACAAAUUUAACACAAACUUGCGAAAAUACGAAAAAAAUUAUGGAUGCAAAUCACAUAACAGAAAAUGACAUCCCUCUUUUUUCUGGAGUAGCAACAGGAGUUGUUAAUGAAACCCCCAUAGAUUUAUGGUUUGGCGAAGACGGUUUUGGCGAUAUAAAACCACCAAUUGAAUCAAAACCACGAAGCGUUCUUCCCGGUUAUAAUUUAGCGUCUUAUUUAAAAAAGAAUAAAAAUUACGACGAAAUUUCUUAUUUAAGUUUAGGGUCGUUAACAUUUUUAAUGACCUUUUUGUUACAACAACCCGAAGUUAAUUUUAAGGAUAUUUGGAUUAUGGGGGGAAAUAAUUUAGGUUCUAAUCACCAAGAAUGGAAUUUUUUUGUUGACCCGGAAGCCGUUCAUUUCAUUUUGAGGCAAUCCGAAAAAAUACCUUUAAUUUUACUCAUGUUUGAAAGUUGCGAAAGCGUCCAACCAACUUUGGGGUGGAGAAGAAAUGUUUUAGGAGAAAUAAACACUGAAAUCGUCGAUUUAAUUAAUAAGGCGGAAGCUUUUAAGCUUGAAGGAAUUCCGGAUGAUCAUAUUUGGUACCAAUACGAUCCCGUUUUAGCGGUUGCUUUCGUUUAUCCUGAUGCGAUAACGAGUUUGAAAGAAAUUAGUGUUAAUAUAACCUUGGGAAAUGAUCCUAAUACUCGAUCGGUGCUUGUUGAAGGUGACUUCAAAGUUAAAUUCGUCGAAAGUUUAUUUUUGGAGCGGUAUAAAACGAUUUUGGAGGAAUCUGCUAAAGUUUUAACUUGA